AUGAAAGGAGGCUAUGACGAAGGUCAAGGGUUAUCGACGAAGGUGAGCGGUGGUCUACCCCUCCCUAGGUUCCCAAAGGAGAAGUUGGUGUGCUGCCAGGUCAUCAUGUCGCUGGAUGUGCCCAGCCAACCUCAUUCUUCUGGCCUGAUCAUGUCUGAGAGUGUUCUCUCUGACGAUGACGUCAUCAUAGACCAUGACCCCCAGGAGCACCCCCCUGUGUUAAGUAACAAGAACCCUUACUUACUCUCCACUGUUGUGUCUUACGUUUGGUCGGUGUUUGAAACACACGGUUACGUUAUCCUUAUCGGAGCUGUUGUAACUUAUUAUGUGUAUCAGAAACUAGUCGAAUACCUCGAACAGAAGGUCCAGAGCAAGAGAGAUGGUGUCCAAUCUAACUUAAGCCCGGAAGAGCAGAUGAAUAGGUUAGAAGCUAUGAGGAGAGCUCGUGAGAAGUUACAAGCUGAGGUGGACGCAGCUGCUGCUAUAGAGGCUGAGAAGAUUAGAGAGCGAGAAGAGCAACAGAGGCAGGAUAAGAUAGAGGACUGGGAGAGACACAAGAGAGGAGGCGGGUACAGGAGUAAACUUAGUAAUGAACCUGCUAAAAAGAAGUCGCUCAAACUGGACAGUGCUAAUCCUCUUAUGGGUCAUGGAACUAGUGGUGGUGGAUUCCGUCCCUCCAGACCCAACUUGAGUCGUGGUGGUGGUGGUGGUGGGUGAGGUUAGUGGACCUCUGUUAUCUAGACACACAUUCUAGUCGUCCUGCACUGACCUCCUCUCCUCCUCUUCUCUCACACUAGAGAACUAGUGUACAGACAAGAUGAAACUGGUGGAGACUGGAGAUCUGUGUAAAUAUAUGACGUUCACAGCUUAAAUCUAAUACAGAUGGUUGUGGACUGAUGAAGACUGGGAUUGUGUCUUGAGUGUCUUAUUUACUGUUACUUUCUGCAUGAAAUAGCCAAUUUGAAGCCCUUUUUAGAACUUUCGAUUUGAAAUAUUCGCUGGUCAAAUUUUAAUCAAAUUAGCAAUUUAACAGAAUAUUGACUUAAACAAUAAACAUGGACAAAUUAAGUGCAGCAUACGCUUUACGAAAUACUGCAUUGAUUGUUCUAUGAAACAUUCAGUGCUUAGUCGAUGUAAGUUUUAAAACUUUUUACUAAAAUUGAUAGUUUUUACUUCUGUUGCUCUGUUGAAACAGAAUAAUAAAUAGUAUUUAUAUGGGAUAUUACUUCUGUUGAAACAGAAUAAUAAAUAGUAUUUAUAUGGGAUAUUACCAGGUUAACCAGGUAACCAGGUAACCAGGUAACCAGGUAACCAGGUAACCAGGUAACCAGGUAACCAGGUAACCAGGUAACCAGGUAACCAGGUAACCAGGUAACCAGGUAACCAGGUAAAUAGUAUUUAUAUGGGAUAUUACUUAAUUUCAGUUAAUUUGUCCAGAAUGUGUUCUUAUUAAAAUUUCAAUGUGUAAAUACUCAACUGCUGUCUUGCAUACA